AUGAGGCUAUUGAGAUCUUCCUUCAUCCUGGCCGUGGCUAUAAGCCUGGCCACGGCAGAGGAAAAGGCAGAAAAAGAUUCAAAGGCUGAACCUAAGCAGGUCGAAGAAAACAAGAAACAGGACAAGAGAGGUCUUUCAGAUUACUAUGGUGACCAUGGUUACGGAGACAGUGGCAGUUUCGGUGGCCAGGGAGGCUAUGGUGGAAGUUUAGGAGGAUAUGGUGGUGGAUAUGGUGGAGGAUAUGGUGGUCAUGAAGAACAUGAGAAGACAAUCACAAUUAUCAAGAAGGUGCCAGUGCCUUACCCAGUGGAAAAACAUAUCCCUUACCCAGUGGAGAAAGAAAUACCAGUAGCAGUCAAAGUACCAGUACCACAGCCGUACCCCGUAGUGAAGACUGUACACUUCCCAGUCAAGGAAACAAUCAAAGUUCCUGAAUACAUCCCGAAGCCUUACCCAGUGACCAAACAUGUGCCAGUACCAGUCAAAGUACAUGUUGACAGGCCAGUCCCAGUAAAGGUAUACGAAAAAGUGCCAUACCCAGUGGAGAAGCACAUCCCAGUUCCCGUGAAAGUACCAGUGCCUCAUCCCUACCCAGUGGAGAAGGAGGUUCAUUUCCCAGUUAAGGUUCCAGUGAAAGUACAUGUGCCGUAUCCAGUCGAAAAGAUCAUUCACUACCCUGUCCAUGUGCACGUCGACAACCCUGUGCCAGUUCAUGUCGAUAAACCAGUCCCAGUUCACGUUGAGAAACCAGUGCCUUACCCAGUGGAGAAGCCCGUACCUUACCCAGUGAAGGUUCAUGUUGACAACCCAGUGCCAGUACAUGUGGAAAAACCUGUACCCUACCCAGUGAAGGUACACGUACCUGCACCUUACCCCGUAGAGAAGGUUAUUCCGUACCCAGUAGAAAAGAAAGUACCUAUCCCCGUACAUAUCCCAGUGGACAGGCCCGUCGCUGUCCCAAUUGAGAAGCACGUGGCGUACCCAGUAGAAAAGCACGUACCUUACCACGUGAAGGUGCCAGUUCCUAUCGUCCAUCAUGAAGAACACCAUGGCUACGAGCAGAGCAACGGAUACGAAAACUCUGGCAGCCUAGAAGGAGGUUUUGAAGGCCACUAUGGAGGCUCCGAGGGUGAUUACCACCAC